AUGAAUAACCCUUUGGCUCAACAUACUGCGGUAGGGCCAGCAGGACCUGGUGGGGUGCUAGGACUCAGACCAGGUCCUCAACAGCGGGUACAGCUUUCUCCUCAUGAUCAAAUGCACGCAGUGGUGGCCCAACAACAGGUUGGAGGGCAUCCCCAGGGGCAAAAUAAAGCAACGGGAGCUACUACAACAGCUGCAAACGAUGUUUCCGGCGGUGCAGUUGAUUCUGUCGGAGGAGCGGCAGGGCAACCGCCGUCGCCGCAACCGUUAGACGCUUUAAGCCAGUCCACAGCGGAAACGUGGCUUUCUAUUGCGUCUCUUGCGGAAACACUAGGCGAUACAGAUCGCGCGGCAAUGGCGUACGAUGCAGCCCUGCAGUAUAAUCCGUCCUCUACCAAGGCGCUCACUUCGCUUGCGCAUUUGUAUCGAUCGCGUGAUGUUUUCCAGAGGGCUGCAGAGUUGUACCAGAGGGCUUUGGCUGUGAAUCCCGAACUUGGAGACACGUGGGAGACAUUGGGGCAUUGUUACUUGAUGCUGGACGAUCUACAGAGAGCGUACGCUGCUUACCAGCAGGCUUUGUAUCAUCUAAGCGAUCCAAAUGUGCCGAAGUUGUGGCACGGGAUCGGUAUUCUUUACGAUCGGUACGGCUCGUUAGACUAUGCCGAAGAAGCUUUUGCAAAAGUAUUGGAGCUCGACCCUCACUUCGAAAAGGCGAAUGAGAUAUAUUUCAGACUAGGAAUUAUAUACAAGCACCAGGGAAAGUGGAGCCAGGCGCUGGAAUGUUUUCGGUACAUUUUGCCACUCCCUCCUGCCCCAUUGCAAGAGUGGGACGUCUGGUUUCAGUUAGGAAGUGUACUGGAGUCGAUGGGCGAAUGGCAGGGUGCACGUGAGGCGUAUGAGCAUGUCCUUUCACAGAAUGAGCACCACGCAAAGGUACUGCAGCAGCUAGGUUGUCUAUAUGGUAUGACUAAUGUACAGUUUUACGAUCCACAAACAGCCCUAAACUUACUAUUGAAAUCGCUGGAGGUUGAUUCUAGCGAUGCCACCACUUGGUACCACUUGGGAAGAAUCCACAUGGUACGUAAUGAUUACACUGCCGCAUAUGAUGCUUUCCAGCAAGCGGUAAAUCGCGAUUCAAGGAAUCCAACAUUCUGGUGUUCCAUUGGUGUGUUAUACUACCAGAUCUCACAAUAUCGUGACGCAUUGGAUGCGUACACUCGGGCUAUUAGGUUGAACCCCUAUAUUAGCGAAGUAUGGUAUGAUUUGGGUACGCUUUAUGAGACUUGUAACAACCAACUAAGCGAUGCGCUGGAUGCUUAUAAACAGGCUGCUAGAUUAGAUCCAAAUCACGUGCAUAUCAGAGAAAGGCUAGAAGCCCUUACAGCACAGCUUGCAAAUCAAGGAGACCAACAAAUGCAGCAACAGGUUCAACGGCCACAGCCCCAGAUCCUAAACCAACCACAGCAAUCACCGCAGCCAACGCAAAACUUACAGCAAUCACAUCCUCAAGUGAAGACUCCGGCGCCAGUUAUGUUACAGCCUACUUUACAGCAGCAGGAUCAAGCACACCCGUUGAAUAGUAAACCAGCGCUAUACCGUACUGCGCCACAGCAGGACAUUUCCAACGCUCAAGAAGCUGAUGCAGUUGGUGUUCAACCGGGUAUUCCCGGCAGACAGCACAUCUUGCAUCAAAUACCUGCUGAGAACAUGAACGAACAUUCGAUGUUACCUCAAAAAAGACCAGUAGAGGGCGGCAUGGACACACUAGUGAAUGCUAUAUCCCAACAGGAGUUACAGCAGCAACAGCAACAACACGUCCAAAUACCUCCGUUGGAUAACGCAUCUCAUCCAAAUAUUGUUCCACCUUUUAGUUCACAUAAAAGCAUCUCACACGUUUCUAAGAGACCAAAGCAUGAAAAUGAACAAUCUAAUCUCCCACCUAUUCAACCUCAAGCUCAACCCCAAACUCAUCUACAAGCUCAACCGCUAGGUCAACCACAAGGUCAACCACAAGGUCAAGGUCAACCACAAGGCCAAGCUCAACCCCAACAACAGCAACCUCCAGUUUCUCCUAGGAGUGCUCCACAGCCAAUUGCGCCCGAAUCUCAACACCCACUGCCUGCUCGCGUUCAGGAACCUAAUAAACGUAAUAACUUACCUGUUUUAAACCCUACCGCCAAGGACGAUGCUGAUACAGGUGGAAAUACUGGAAGCGAGAAUAAUUCGGCCGAGGAAUCACCUACGAAAACACCUGCUCCUUUCACAAAUAAUGUGAAAGCUAGUAACAGAGUAGAGACUGCCGAGCAGUCUCCGGAGAAUACAACUCCUGUUCAAAAAGAGCAUGAACAAUCUUUACCCAGGCCAAUUUACAAAGACAACGAUGUUUCAGACCCUCUAAGACACACUAAAAGUCCAGAAGACACAGUUUCAGAAAAUCAGCAAAAUGAACCGAACUCUAAUACUGCUCCUGCUGCCGCAAGUGCAAACAUCUCGCCUUCUGAAGAAUCUGAUCAUCAAGAAUCUGAACAAUCAGAAAAACAACAAACGAACGAAUCUAAUUCUGUAAAACACCUUAAAGAAACAGUUGAAAGCAAAGAUUCAGAUCAGUCUGAUUCUGCCGCCGAAAAAGUUUCAGAGCGCCAACUACCUGGAGGCUCCUCCAGUUCUUCUGCUACAGUCGUAACUUCAAAUGACCAACCAGCGAAAGAUAGUAAGGAAUCUACUUCUAUUAAGCCAAGUGCUGACGCGCUUGAACAGCUACAAGAGGUCGCAAAAUUCAGACAGGAAGAAGAACAAGAAGCUAUGGAGAAGCGUAUCUCACCAAACGGAGGUGCUUCUCACCCUCAAUUAUCAAAUGAGAGUAUAAUCAGAAAGGUAGAAGAAGACGAGAACUACGAUGACUAA